AUGGAUGAUGGGCAGUGGCUCGUCAUCCGCCUCCAGGCCAAGCACGGCAACAAGUGGAAGAAGAUCGCCACCGAGGUGCCUGGCCGGACGGCCAAGCGGCUUGGCAAGUGGUGGGAGGUGUUCAAGGAGAAGCAGCAGCGGGAGAUCAGGGACAGCCGGAGGCCGCCGCCCGAGCCCAGCCCCGACGAGAGGGGAAGGUACGAGUGGCUGCUCGAGAACUUCACCGAGAAGCUUGUCAAGGAGAGGCAGCAGGUCGGGGCGGCGCCGCUGCACCACCACCUUAUGGCAGCUCACAUGCUCCCGCCCUGGAUGUCGUCCACCGCCACCAACGGCGCGCCCGUCUCUAAUGCGCCACUGUCGCCGUCCAUCACGCUCAGCCUCGCCUCCGUUGUCACCGCGCCCCCGGCCGGCGCGCCGUGGAUGCAGCAGCAGCAGCAGCAGCAGCAGAUGGCGGAGGACGGCGCCGGGUUCGGGUUUGCCAGGCCGCCGCCGGCGCCGGGCAUGGUGGCGGAAGCUCCUCAGGCAGCGCUGGCGGAGCUGUCCGGGUGCUGCAGGGAGCUGGACGAGGGGCACCGCGCCUGGGCCGCGCACCGGAAAGAGGCAUCGUGGAGGCUGAAGCGCGUGGAGCUGCAGCUGGAGUCGGAGCGCGCGUGCCGACCUUGUAUUUUGCCGACAGGUAGAGGACGGAGGCGGUGCUGUGCGAGCUGCGCGCGGACGGCGUGGGAGCCGAGGCAGAGCGGGCCGAGCAGGCGCGCGGCCUCGGCGGCGAAGAGCGAGCGGUGGAGGCUGGCGGCGCGCGACAUGGCGUUGGCCAGCUCGAAGGACAGGAUUGUAUAA